CCCUGUCUCGCCCGCAGGAACCAUGGUCAGCAAGGACGCGGGCAAAUGCGUGCUCACAGCCCCCGAGAGCGAUGCGGAGCCGGCCGCCUGCCUGGCGCUGGAGGUGAAGUACGCGCUGGACCCCCGCCGGCAGGUGCGGAAGCGGAACAAGGCCCUGCAGGUGCGCUUCAAGGACAUCUGCGAGGCGCAGAGCGAGCGGCGGGACCCGCCGCCGGCCGCGGGGCCGGGGCCCGAGAGGCGCGAGGCCCGGGCGGCGUCCUACCGGGCGGCCUACCGCAAGUACAUGACGGUGCCCGCCCGCCGGGCCAUCCCCAACGUCACCCGCAGCACCGGCGUGCAGACCUCGCCGGAACGCAGGAAGUGCUACCAGACCUUCCCGCCCGACCGCCGCACGGGCAGCCUCAAGGGCGUCCCGGGGGCCGAGGGCGCCUUCCAGAGCCAGAACAACGGCUUCGUCCUGGACGCCAGGCAGCGGGGCGCGCAGGGGCCCGGGGCGGAGGCCGCGGCGUGGGCGGCCGGCCGGGUGCAGAAGACGGCGGCCCUGGUGUCCCGCUCCCACCAGCACGUGGACGCGCUGGGCCGGCCCGAGGGGCUGGGCGGCGCGGAGCUGUGCCGGGACCCCCGCGGGCACAGCUGCCCGGGCAGCGCGCUCCGGAACGCCCCCCGGCCUCCCUCCGGGGAGCCCGCCCACCAGCUGGACCGGACAGCCCCACGGGACCGGGCCGCGCCGGGCACGGAGGAGCCGGCUCCCGCGGGCCAGGGCAGAGUGUUUAAAACGGAGGUGGCCGCCGUCUACACGGCCGCCCCUGGCGCCCAGGCCCCCGAGCCCGCCCUGUCGAACUCGGCCGCCACCAGCCAGUGGUCCCUCUGCCCCUCGGAUCUCAAUGGGCUCCAGGCGCCCCCGACGACGCAGUGCCUGUCCCCCGAAUGUAGUGACCUCCCCCCGCAGCCUCCCGCCCCCGCGGGGGUGGCCGGCGGGGAGGAAUGCCAACAACUCGUGCCUCCCACGGAAGUGGUGGACCUCAAGGCGCAGCUGCAGGUGAUGGAGACGCUGAUCAGCUCCAGCCAGGAGACCAUCAAAGUGCUCCUGGGCGUCAUCCAGGAGCUGGAGAAGGGCGAGGCCCACCGCGAAGGGCUCUCCUACCGCACCGGGCAGGACACGGCCAACUGUGACACGUGCAGGAACAGCGCCUGCGUCAUCUACAGCGUGGAGCUCGACUUCAAGCAGCAGGAGGACAAGCUGCAGCCGGUCCUGCGGAGCCUCCACCCCUUCGAGGACUCUCAGGUCGCACCCUCGCCUUACUCUCAGGAGGCGCACGCCUCGACGCCCAAGCGGAAAUCCAAGACGGAGCCCAAAAAGCACGGGAGGUGGAAACUCUGGUUCCUCUGACGCGCGCGGCCUGUGGCGUCCACGGGCCUUCUUCACCACCCACGGGGGCGCCCGGUCCCUGUCCGAAGCGAGGAGGACGGGGGGCCCCGUGGCCGCCGCGGGCGCCGCCCUGCUCACCAAAAAGGCCUUCGCACGGACGGACCGCUGGCGGAGCGAGGGCGUCCCGGCGCCACUUGCCGGCGGCCCCUCGCCGCCCUCGGACGUGGGACGUGAAACCGAGAGGACAACUAGCCACGCCGCCCCCGCCCGGCCCGCGGCCGGCGGCUGUGUCCACCUGCCGAUCGGCGGGCGGGCGGCCCCCCGUGCACAGCUGAGACGCAUCAUGACUUCCAAGCCUUCAUCCUAAAGACGGGGCGAGGAAAAGCGAGCCUUACGUUUGCCAAGGACUUCAUUGUCACCCUCCCAUGGCCACCACGCAGGGGGCGCGUGCGGGGUCCAGCACAUCACGCUCCGGAGAAAGCACAAUUUUUUCAAGUGGUCGGAGACCAUGAACCAUCUCUCACACGGGACUCUGUGUGUCUGCCUUCACGUGCUGCCGCGCUAAGCCACGUGACCCCCGAGACUCGGCACCCCCUCCCCCCAUCACCGCCCCUGUGCCACGUUUACUGCUCAUUUCCAAACGACCGGCUGCCAGGAGGCCCCGGGCCAGGCCUGUCAGCGCUGCCCCUGGACAUGGAGCUUUCUUAGGUCUCAUUUUUAAUCUUUUGAUACCCAAAGGCCACGUGCUGAAUUCUGGCGUAGAACCUGCGUAGAGACACACAGCGGAGGACACGGCCACCAGUACAUCGCUGUGUGCCCUGCCCUGGGGACGUGUUCCGGGGCACCAGUCUGGGAGACACUGUUCCCCGGAGCGCAGGCCGGCGCCCGGGACCACUGGCCGCGCUGACUGAGGCAGGCCGGUCCGCCUCGGAGCGCGGCCCUGUGUCUCGUUCAGCGGCCGCCGUCACACCGCGUAGGACCGCCUACACCUAAGCUAGUCGCAAACCGUAAUCACUCACACGCUAGGGGAAAGCUGUGAACCAGAUGUUUUUAGGUAUUUUUCCAAUCAGCCCGGACAGAGGUCUCUUUUGAUUACACAUUGCAAUACAAAUCUCAGUUCCUUUAUUUUUUCACUCAUCCCUUUGCCAGUAUCUUUUGAUAGAAAUCGGAACCCCUUGGUCUAUUGAAUGACGUCGUCUGUCCGUUCGUGUGCUUUUCACAGGAAGACGUGUAGGGAUCUCCCUUUUGCCUUUUCUCCGUACGGAUCACGUUUUGAGUAGUCUGUGAGCGCCCGAGGAAACCCAGUGUUCGCGCUUCUGUCCCUCCGUCCGACAUCCACGCUGCCGCCGGCACGCUCGCCCUGGUCCCGGGCCGCUGCCGGGAACGGAGCGGUGCCCCGGGCGGGGCCGCCGGGAGGACGAGAGCUGGUUCUCGCCUGCGUCUCCCUCCUGAUGCAGCAGCGAGUCUCCGUCUGUCCGCGGUGUGCCCGUCCUCAGGGGCCUCGCAGGGGCCGGCCUGGGGUCAGAACCGGAAACCGAGCGGCAUCCUUCGGGAGCUGCUCCAGCGGGCCCCAGACGCCCGCUCCCGGGACAGGAAGCACAGACGGCUUUUGUGGAGACGCUGCAGGAGGGCACGCGCAUCCUUGGGGCUGGGUCAGCGGGGCUGGGAACUAUUUUGUGGGAAAGAAGGACGAACCGGAGGGCCCUGUACCACGGAGGAACGGUGUCACGCAGACAUGGAAUUGGAAAGCCGUGUUUCACGUGUUUAUACUGUUUCUCACUAACGUUCAAAAUGUUUGCGACAAGCUGUCUCCUGUGUCCCGAGAGGCCCCCCGCUUGGGUGGAUGGAGCGAGGGGGUGCGUGGCUUUCUAACGGCUCUGUGCCCGCCCACGCCGCCCUGGUGAACGGAGCAGUCUAGGUUCAGAACAACAACCAACCAACCAACCAACCAACAAAACUCGCGGAGUCGGAAGGAGACUGCAGAUGCGCCCCCUCCUAUUCAGAAAUCGCAGCGUCUUCGGGUCAGAAAAAACGAGUGUUUCCAAAGGCAUCUCGCAGUUCCAUCACAACGUGUCUCUAACGCGACCCGUCUCUUAGGAAGAUUUAAGUCAAAACUUUGAUACAAAAAACAAGGUGAACAGUCGUGCUCCCUCCUCUGUAGAUGUUCCCAUGGCAUUACGUGUAGAGGUUAAAUUAUUAUACUUGUCGCUAAGUUCUUUGUUAGUUUUUAAAUAAAAAAAAGAAGAAAAGAAAAGG